AUGCCUAAACAAGUGGCCCUUAGUACUGAGGUGGCUCCCUGGGUGGUCUGUGUCGCUGCUGAAGCCUUGCCUAUGAAGAUUCCCCCGGAGGAAGAUUUUGAAGCCAAGCUGAAAGCCUUCCUGGCUCAUGAGGGAAAGACUGUUGCUGAUGUGCGAGGCCUGUUAACCCCUUCCAUUCCAACCCCUGCCAUGCCUGCAGUGCCACUGCCUGCUAUGCCCAUGUCAGCCAUGCCCUCUCCUGCCAUGUCACCACCAGCAUCAUUAGACCUGAAUAUGCAGCUGGUCAAUGCCAUCACCUCUCUUGUGGACAAAUGCCAAGCAGCCCCUGUGGAAAAUCCAGUCCACCGAAAGCUUCGAGUGUUCUCAGGUAUCAAGCCAACACCACCUGGAGAAGAGGAAUAUGAUGCUUGGGCGGAACAGAUGACGCACUUGCUUGAGGAGUGGAAGUGUUCUGACCCCUUGAAGAAGCAGAAAAUUGCUGAAUGUCUUAAAGGGCCAGCAGCGGAUAUUGUACGAUGCUUGAGAGUGAGCAAGCCCAGUUCAACGGCAGCGGAUUACUUAGCAGCACUGGAAACCGCAUUUGGAACCACUGAGAGUGCCCUAGACCUCAUGUUCAAGUUCCGCAACACUUUCCAACUGCAAGGAGAAAAACUCUCAGCAUAUGUCCUCAGAAUUGACAAGCUGCUGCAUUCUGUAUUCCGAAAAGGGGGCAUUCUUCUCCGAGAGAUGGAUGGGACUCGCAUUGAGCAAGUUGCAAGGGGCGCACUGCCUAAUGACCUGGUUGCCCUCCGCAUCAUGCUGGUGUACAAAUUCAAGCCUCCCCCCAGUUUCACUGAGCUGCUGCGUGAAGUGAGAGCAGAGGAGGCUCUGAUCUUUGAAAGGCCGACAGCCAGUCAUGUCACCCUGUCUGCUAUGGUCGCUCCUGUUGAGCACAGCACCAGCCCUGCUGCAUUCUCAUGUCCCAGCCCAGUGCCUACUGAAACUACCCCUUCUGUUGAGAGUCUGACGAAAGAGGUGCAACACCUGAAAAGUGAGAUGACGCGCUUGCUCUCCUUCUCCGUCUCAUCACCCUCAGCAACGCCACCGAUCGUCUCACAAAGACCCAGCCCACAGGUACAGGGGGGAAGACCGGCAAACGUGCAGAGAGUACGACAGGACACAGCUGAUGUUUUCUGCUACAAGUGCGGGGAAGAUGGCCAUUUUCAACGUCAAUGCCAGAAUGCAGAGAACCUCAGGAAAGUUAACCAGCGCCUCAUAAAGCUCAGACGGCCGACGGGAAACGCCCCAGGGACCCAGUAA